ACAGGGGAUAGAGUGUAGAGAGAGAGAGAGAGGUGAAUUUGAAGUGUCGGUUUCAAUGGCGGAGCACUUGGCAUCGAUAUUCGGAACGGAGAAGGAUCGGGUGAACUGCCCCUUCUACUUCAAGAUCGGCGCGUGCCGUCACGGCGACCGCUGCUCCAGGCUCCAUACCAAGCCCAGCAUCAGCCCCACCAUCCUCCUCUCCAACAUGUACCAGCGCCCCGACAUGAUCACCCCCGGCGUCGACGCCCAAGGCCACCCAAUCGAUCCUCAUAAGAUGCAAGAGCACUUCGAGGAAUUUUAUGAAGAUUUGUUUGAGGAAUUGAGCAAGUAUGGUGAGAUUGAGAGUCUGAAUGUUUGUGAUAAUCUGGCUGACCACAUGGUGGGCAAUGUUUAUGUUCAGUUUCGAGAAGAGGAGCAGGCUGCAAAUGCUCUGAAAAAUCUCUCAGGAAGGUUCUAUGCUGGAAGACCUAUCAUUGUUGAUUUCUCUCCAGUAACUGAUUUUCGUGAAGCAACAUGUAGACAGUAUGAGGAAAAUUCCUGCAAUCGUGGGGGGUACUGCAACUUUAUGCAUCUUAAGAGGAUUAGCAGGGAGCUGAGGCGGCAUUUGUUUGGGAGGUACCACAGAAGACACAGCCGAAGCAGAAGCAGGAGUCCCUACAGGCAUAAAAGCUAUGAAGAGCGUUCUCACAGGAGCCAUAGUAGGAAGUAUGAUGAUAGGGAUCAGUACUACGAGAGUAGGAGUAGGAGACACCAAAGCACAAGUCCUGGCCAUCGGAAGGGGCGAAGCAGGAGCCCAGGUGGUAGAAGAGAGAGAAGUCCUGUUAGGGAUGGAAGUGAAGAGAGGCGUGCUAGGAUUGAGCAGUGGAAUCGGGAAAAGGAGCAGGCUGACCUUGCUAAAAAUGCCAAUGCAGAAGUCCUUGAUCACAAAAGUGAAAACAAUGAGAAGGGUUAUGCACAAAAUGAGGAUCAGUACUAUGGCCAACAUCCUUCACAACGAAAUGGAUAUGCAUACUGAUAUCCCUUUUGAACUGGUUUGUGUCCUUUCCCUUAUGAUUGAAUCUGUUUUGCCGUAUAGGUACAACAAUUCUGUUUCAAAGCAGGGCCACCUAUCCUAUAAAAGUUAGCUUACUGUCCAUUUUCCACUGUGCAGGCGGUGCAGGUUUUCAAUAUUGUGAUAGGGAAUAUAGAUAAACUUUCAUUCUUAUUUUUUCUAGUAUCUUUGGCAUGCAUGUUUUCUUUGGUCCAAUAGUUGAGUGUUUAAAAACCAUUCUGAAAAUCUUGAAGAUUGCUGCCUUCCUACUUGCACUUUGAAAGUCUUGAAAACAUUUCCUACCUUUGAAUGUGCAUGCACUGAAAGAAUUUGCCUCAAAUUUCUGUAAAGUCAUAAAGGGGGGAUGCAUUUUCUAAUUGAUCUGAAGUUGAAUAAACCAUUUUAUAGUAUGAUUAACCACCUCUUAUUGAUGUUAAGUUCCCCUCACAGAGGGCAUCAAUAAGAUUUUUUGCAUUUGUUUGCCAAGCAGUGAACAAUUUUACUUGUAAAGAUGCUCAAUUAGCUCUUCAAGUCCCACAUAAUUCAAGAUUUGUGACAUUGUUAACGUCAUUUGAGAAUGCUAUAGCCUUUGGCCCUUUGCAGAUUAUGGAUUUCUGUUUACAUUCACUCACCUUUGAGUUCAUCUUGCAAAUAGGUCAUCCCAAUAUCCCUUUUUACCCAAACUAAAAAAAGAUGUGUCCUUUGUUUUAUCCCUUCCAUCAUUUUUGUUGCUUUCUUGUGCCCUUCAUAUCAUCCUGUAAGCAUGAAUUCCAAAUCACUUUCCUCUUUUUAAACAAGAGUUAAAAUUAGUUUGCCUCCUCCAUUGUUCCUUGUUUUGUAAUUGCUUUUAGUGCAGCUAGGACAUCAUACAAACAUGAAUCCCAAA